UCCAUACAUAUCAUCUAACAAUUCUUUAUUUAAGUCUAUUUCUUUCUGAUCUGAUAACUGAUCGAGAAUAAUUUGCACCAUGAACAAAAAGAAAUUCGUUGAUUGUUUUAUGUUGAUGGGUACUGCUUUAUCAUUGCGGGGUGGUGAAAAAUUGCCGGAAAUGGGAAGACCAUUAAUUCAAGAUGUUUUUACAACUUACGUGACACUAUCGUUUUCUCUUGAAGAAUUUAACAUCGAUGACAUUAAAAACAUGAAUGUCGAAAUAUCAGGACUGCUAAAUCAAAAGUGGAGAGACCCAAGACUGGGCGCCAAUGUAAGAACGAGAAAAAUGGCUGUCGCUGGCCAAAUCUGGAAACCAAAAGUUACCAAUACGGAAGGUAGAAAUACCAUGUGCAACAACGAAGACACUAUGUUCUGGAGAGGGUUUGGGGACGAAGGAGAUGUCCUAUUAAGUGAAAAAGUCAAAAUUGCAACAAAAUGCACGACCAACUUUAAUAACUUCCCUUACGACACACAGUUCUGUGAAUUAAAAUUUGGUUCGUAUCGCUUUCCUGAAGAAGAAGUCUCUUUCAUCUGGGAUAAAUACGCUGUUGAAUACUUCACUGACACUAUUUCAAAUGAAUUUAGAAUAAUCAAUAUUACCACAUAUCUUAAGCACGACAUAAGACCUUCUGGAAAUUUUAGUAUUGCAGUAAUUCAAAUAGCUAUAGAACGUCAAAAUUUGCACUAUUUAAUUUGCUCUAUAACACCAUGUGUACUAAUUAGUCUUAUAAACUAUUUAACGCUUUGGUUUGAUGUUAACAACAGAACAUCCAGGUUAAAUUUAAAUUUUAUUUCUUUCGGAGUUACUUUGUAUUUUUAUUAUAUGUCCACGUGUGUUCUGCAACCAGUGUCCUAUUUUAAGGCCCUAGAUAUUUUUACUGGUGUUUCUUUAUUGUUCUCAGUUUUAAGUAUGCUAGAAUCUUUGAUAGUUGAUAGUUUUUGUAAUGCUGAAGAAGACAUAUACCACUUGAAGAAGAGAGCUUGCAGAAAAGAGUACCCAAAAUCUGUUUACUGGUUGGAAAUGUUAACAAAAAUUUCUGUUCCUUGUUUCUACACAUUUUUCAUUUCAAUGUAUGGAUCAAUAUAUGUAAAAUAAUUUUCUAAAGUUUAAAAUAUUAUUUGUACAUAUUUAUCUAUUACAUUUAACCAAAUAAAGAACAUGUGUAUAA